AUUACUAGGUCACUAGUAUUCUAGCCGGUCCCAAGCCCGGAUAAAGAGGGAGGGUUGGGGCGUGGUGCUAGCAACUCCACCCCCAAAACUUAACCAAAUUGCUACUAAAACUUCAACGCACAAAUAUAUUCAAAAUUCUAAAAUUACAAAUAGUGACCUUAUUUUUCGCUGGAAUCGGGGAAGUGAAAUGACGCGGGCUGGUGAAAGCCUUCGGGAAGCCAGUCAGCCGAUGUGCCUUCUUUCGAUGAAAGCGAAAAUAAGGAUGGGGACGUGGAAUGUUCGUACAAUGUACGAAGCUGGGAAGGCUGCUCAGGUAGCCGCAGAAAUGAGGAGAUAUAGAAUAGAAGUGUUGGGAAUCUGCGAGAGCAGAUGGAACGGAUGUGGAAGGAGCCAACUAUCAACUGGAGAGACAAUAAUCUACUCCGGUCACCCAGAGGACAAUCACGAGCACACCGAGGGAGUAGCCAUCAUGAUGUCACCAACAGCGGCUAAAGCUCUCAUGCAGUGGGAACCAAUCUCCUCCAGGAUAAUGACAGCCAGGUUCAACUCAAAAGGAAAAAAGGUUACAAUCAUUCAGUGCUACGCGCCUACAAACGCCUCAGAACAUGAGAAGAAGGAGGAUUUCUACAGUCAACUACAAACAGUAAUGGACAACGUCCCAAAGAGCGAUAUCAAAAUCCUGAUGGGCGACAUGAAUGCGAAACUGGGAGGAGACAAUACAGGAAGAGAACUCACCAUGGGUCGUGAGGCCCUCGGUGAAAUGAACGAAAAUGGUGAACUCUUCUCAGACUUCUGCGCCUUCAAUGAUUUGGUGAUUGGUGGCAGUGUGUUCAAACACAGGGAUAUACACAAGGCAACAUGGAUUUCACCAGAUGGACACACCAAAAACCAGAUAGACUUCAUUUCAAUCUCAAGGAAGUGGAGACGGAGCCUACUGGACACAAGAUCGAGGAGAGGAGCAGAUGUGGGUUCAGACCACUAUCUGGUACAAGGGACUUUCAAGGUGAAGCUGAAAGCCUCGAGGAUACCUGGGGAUAGGCCACAAUGCAAGUUCAACACUCACAAACUGAAGGACACAAUCACACAGGACAUUUUCACUGCAACUGUCAGAGCAAAGCAGGAAACACUACGUGGCACCACUGAGGAAUCAUCCGUGGAAGACCAUUGGAACUCUCUGAAGGUAAUUUUCAACGAAACGUGCUCAACGGUUUUAGGAAGAAAGAAGAAACAAGACAAGGAAUGGCUCUCAACAGACACUUGGAAACUAAUAGAGGAGAGGAGAAAAGUGAAAGAGAAAAUGAUUCAAUGCAAAGAUGGACAAGAGAAAGAGACGCUGAACUCAACUUACACAGCACUGGACAAAGAAGUGAAGAAGAGUGCCAGGAAGGACAAAAGACAAUUCUACGACAACCUGGCUACUGAAGCUGAGAAGGCAGCAGGCAAAAGGGACCUGAGGACACUAUAUCAGAUAACCAAGUCUCUAUCCGGGAAGAGAUCAACACAAGUGAAACCUAUAAAAGACAGCCAAGGGAACCCAAUUACCAAAGAAGAAAGACAGAUUAAACAAUGGGCGGACCACUUCAAAG